CAUCUCACUUCACAGCCCUGCCCGCCUGACGUAAUUGGCUAGAAUCGACUAUUUUUGUUUAUAUCAGCCCGCUCCCCCGCCCCAAUCUAAGCGAAUGGGAAGCUGCUGCCGCCCGUUUCCGAUGACCACGUCUAGUUGCGGAAACUAUUAACUCCUCCGCCGACAUCCCUCCCAGACCCCUAUGAGAAACAACUAUUGCUGACGAAAGAACGCCGAAAAUCCAUUUAAUUCCUUUCCAAUAUGAAUAGAUCGGAGCCGAUUCCUAUUCGGCGGGACCGCUCAUUCGACAGCGUACUCAAUAGACUACUCCGGAUGAGGUCCCAGAACCAUGAGAGUUUUCGCGCUGCCAUGUACAACUUCCUGAUUGCCGCAGGAGUGGCAGCAUUUGUUGCCGUCUGCUUCAUCCUCGGACCUUUUGUUCGUCCUCUUCUUUGGGCCUUUCUCAUGGGCGCCGUGCUCUUCCCAUUCAAGCGGCGGCUGGCGGAAAGUGUGAAUGGUUGGUUCCAGCGCCUGGAGGAACGCGAUUCAAACGUACUGGUAUCCAUAUGCCUAUCGCCGCUGGAGGCAACGGAGCACUGCGGCCGCUUGCUGAUCGGAUGGCUCUGUGAGCACUGGCAACUGCUGCUUGCCGGAUGCGGAGUGGCCGGUUGCAUCAAGCUCCUGGUUCUGUACGCUCCCAAGGGCUUCCUUCUGGCUCUCUGGCACUGGAUAUCCUUUUCGCAUGGCUUGUUCGUUCAAGUUAUCGGAUUCCUCAACGUGUAUGUGCUCAUCUCCCUUGUUGUGGUCUAUUUGACUUGCGUUCACUUCUUUUGGAAGCCGGAGAACAGCGCCCAUUUUGUGGUCGCUGGUCAGUCUAUGUGGAUUGCUGUGGCCGGCUAUCUGAGCAGCUUUCUUGGUGCCCUUCAGGUGCCGGUUUUCCUGCUGGUUAUGGCCUAUGUUACAGCGUCUACAGCGUAUCACCUUCAGACGUUAGAGGAUUCAGGAUCCUACCUCCACCGCCUUCAGAAGUUGUUUGACAAAAACGAUUUUGAGCGGUCCUUGAGCAAUUUCAGCCUUUGCGGCAGGCCAAGCAGUCCCAUUAGUCCGGGCUUACAGUCGGAUAUAGAGGACAUUUCAUUGAGUGACACUGUAGACUCCACGGACACAUUUGAUGUCAAGCCGGGAACAGAGUCUGCCAGCCACCAGAGCGAUACGUUUUUUAAGCUCCUUUUCUACGCCUGUCUGGGCACAUUCCUGUAUCGCAACGUGUGGAUGUUUAUUCUAGCAGCUAUUCCAGUAUUCCUGCAUCUCAUCUACACCGUUGGAGCUUAUACGGGAAUCACUCAGUUUGUUUGCAGCAAGGUCAACGAAGUAUACGAGGCACUACGAUCAUGGGCCAUCGAACACCACUCCGCCGUUCUGCCACUAUGUUUGCCCGGUGUUCUGGAACUAAACUACAAGAUCAAUACUAUUGUGCGAGACUCCCUAAAAUCCUCCGUGGAAUCAGUCACCUCCAUUCUAAUGAUCAUCCUUAUGUUGCUCAUCAUCGUGUUUCUGAGUGUGUUCUUUUGCGUGAACAUUUACUCGGAGACGAUUGAAGUUGCUUACUUGGGCAAGGAUCUAAUUAACAAGACGAUCACAGAUCGGCCUGAGCUAAUAGAUAUCUUGCCUGCAAACAUGCAAUCGUCCAUCGAGGAUGCUUUAGACAAUGCACACCAUUAUGGGCGUCGUAAAAUUGAAACAUACAUUGAUGACUGGCUGGCGGAUGCGGACAAGGUACACGCCACCAAACUGAAGGAGCAAAUUCUUGACGUGUGGGACAGGCUCAUUCAGUACUGGAUCGAUUUCAACAAAGCGGGUACCUCUUACGGUCCUCGCGUGCCAACGGAUGCACUGAAAAGCACAUUUGGGGAGAUUGUUGAUAAUCCAGGACAUUUUAAAGAGCUAGUUUUAGUGGCAAAACAGGGAAUUAUCGGCUGGGCGCAGAGCAAUACACAGACGAUCCUCGAGGUGGCCGAGUCGCUGUGGCACAUAAUCCGAACCAAUCUUUCGAUGAUCAUGGGGGUAACCGGAGAGAUUCUAUCCCUUGUGCUAUCUGGUGGGCAGGCGUGCAUUGAAUUCAUAUUAGACAUGAUUGUAUUCUUUACGGCGCUGUUCUAUCUGCUCUCGAGUAGCCAGGAAAAGUACGCGCCGCUGCAGAUCACCAAGUACUUGGGCUAUUCCAGUUCGGGCAUCAAAAUCGCCGAUGCUCUGGAAAACUCCAUUACCGUGGUACUAGUCUCAAUGUUCAGAUGUUCCACAUUUACGGGCUUGUUCACAUGGUUAGUGCACACAGUAUUUGGGGCCAGAAUAGUAUUCCUUCCGUCCGCCUUGGCGGCCAUGUUGGCGGCUGCUCCUUUCCUAGGAAGCUACUGGUGUGCGGUGCCAGCCUUUUUGGAGCUCUGGCUAGCCCAAGACCGCUUUUAUGCCGGGCUAAUACUUUUCCUGCUGCAGUUCUUCGUGCCGUCAUCUUUUGAAACUGCCAUAUAUGCGGAUCUUAAAGGUGGUGGACAUCCCUAUCUGAAUGGUUUGGCUAUAGCUGGCGGCAUGUACUGGAUCGGUUGGCAGGGAGCAAUAUUCGGACCACUAAUGCUUUGUUUCUUCAUUGGUCUUUUCGAGGUGGCCACUUUGGCCAUGCGCAGCCAUCAAGAGCCCAGUAUGAAGUUUAUCAGACUUGUGCGUCUCAAGGAAUGAAGAACAGUACGGAUGAGGAGACGAGGACCACGUGAGUUGGCAUGGGACAGAAACUACGAAUUUCCUUCUAAUACUCGAACUGCAAAAUAAUAUAAGCUGUGUGGCCAAAUACCUGACAAUCAAAAUGAGAUUGGCCCAAAUUUCAUAACCUAGAUUUAGGCUGAAGUUUUGUUUCUUAACAAUUGUUGAUCAUUUCUCAGUUCCUGACGUUUUUGUUGGCAAUUUGAUUAUUAUUUGUAUUAAAAUGCUGAAGUAUUCAAGAUUUCAUCGGAAUUAGCAACUGAGAAAGGAUCUUCGCAAUCGAUCUUAAUGUUUUUACAUACAAUAUGUACCUCGAAUUUUUCGUAGUCGCGAAUCAUUUCCAAAGCCUUUAAGUAUCGAUAUCGUGCUCGCUACUAAUUGCUUAAUGUAAACUUGUGAUUUGUUUAAACUUAGAUACAAACUGUGUUGCAAAUAUAUUUCUAUACUAACUAUAACCUA